UCUAUUAUAGGCUUAUUGGCGAGGCAUGAUAUUACCUUCCUUGUAGGCCAUGUUUGAAGGAAUUCUUGUAGAUAUACCAUUUGCAACAUUCUUCUUGGGCAAAUUGAAACAAAAGUACAACUAUUUAAAUGAUCUGCCUUCCUUGGACCCUGAGCUAUAUCGUCACCUUAUUUUCUUGAAGCAUUAUAGAGGGGACAUUUCAGAGUUGGAGCUUUACUUUGUAAUUGUGAAUAAUGAAUACGGAGAGCAAACAGAGGAAGAGCUGCUUCCAGGAGGCAAAAACAUACUUGUUACUAAUGAGAAUGUUAUCACAUUUAUUCACCUUGUAUCUAACCACCGUUUGAAUUUUCAGAUAAGACAACAAAGUACACAUUUCCUUGGGGGAUUUCAGCAACUUAUACGGAAAGAGUGGAUUGCUAUGUUUAAUGAACAUGGGUUGCAGGUAUUCUGGUCUACUUUUAAAUUUUGCAGGUUGACUCACUUUGUGGGCAAUAGUUUCCGAAUCUCACAUUGA